CUGAUCAGUCGCCUGGUCGGAUGCGGGCUGCCGAUCAAACGUCGGCAUCAAAGCGGCAGUGCCGGCGCCGUAUAAGUAGCAACGUGUUUCUCUUGCUUCACUGAGAAAUAUCUAGCUACCUUAGUUUUCGAUACGCAAACACAGGCAACAGGUAUCUUACAAUGACUUUUGCGGUCGCUCUCGGCCUACGGGCACUUGCCCUGUUCCUCGGCCUCGUCGGGGUCAUCGAAGGCGCCACCGUUCAACGUCGUGCCUCCCCAGGAUGCCCGAAGCCGCACAAUUUCGUCGGACAGACAAGGGAGUUCAGCUUUGACAGCAGUGGUGGCACGCGAACGUACCGCAUUCAUCUCCCCUCCAGCUACAAGGUCGGCUCGCCGAUGCCUCUUCUGAUUGCCUACCAUGGGUCCGGGAACAAUCCGACAAAGUUUGAGCGGGAGACUCGUUUCUCCGACGAGAGCAUCAAUCCUGGCAUGAUCACCGUUUAUCCCGCUGGAGUAAACAAAAACUGGCAAGGCCCAACCUACGCAACGCCGGGAGUGAGCGACAAGGUCUUCACCACGGAUCUCGUCAACCGCAUCAAGAAUAACUACUGCGUUGACGAAGCGCGUGUUUAUGGGACUGGCCAUUCUAACGGAGCCGGGUUCCUCGGUACGCUCGCCUGUUCGCCCGAGCACGGUGGGCAGUUUGCGGCCUUUGCCCCCAUCUCCGGCGCCUUCUACACGGAUGUCUCCGGGGACGAUCACUGUCACCCUUCCCGCUCGCCCAUUCCGAUUCUCGAGGUCCACGGCACCGCAGAUCCGACCAUUUCGUACAAUGGCGGGACAGGCCGUGGCGGGCCAUUGCCAUCGAUACCAGACUGGCUCUCCCGGUGGGCUCGACGGAAUCAGUGCACCACAUCGGACACUAAGGAUAUUGCCGAUGGCGUACAUGACACAAAGUGGACAUGCGCCAAUAUCCCUGGCCUUCUUGAACAUAUCAAAAUCGACGGCCACAACCACUCUUGGCCUGGACCAAACAACUCGCCGGUUGACGUCUCGCCAUUGGUUAUCAAGUUUCUUUCAAACAACUAUAAGCCUUAGAUCAUCCAACAUAGCAAGGCGCUGAUAGAUUGCCGACAGGUGUACAUGAUGCUCAGCAACGUACAGGUAUCGAAAAGAUAGCUCUCUAGAGAAGAACUAAGCGAGAUAUUGUCGGACAAGUAUAAAGUAGCGUCCAAGAGACCUA